UGGCAGGCACAUGCACAGCCUGGAGAUCCGGGAGCGGACCGCCUGAAGUGGAGCGGCCGACGGCAGCGCACGCCCAUCGGCUUACAGGUAGAGGUGGAAGACCGCGGGACGGACGGAGGAGACGGACGCAUACACGGCAACCAAGAUGGCUCUAGCCAGAGAUCCAGGGGAGCAGAGAGACGCAGCCGACCAAAACUUUGACUACAUGUUCAAGCUGCUGAUCAUCGGCAACAGCAGCGCGGGGAAGACCUCCUUCCUGUUCCGCUUCGCAGACGACUCCUUCACCUCGGCCUUUGUCAGCACAGUGGGCAUCGACUUCAAGGUCAAGACCAUCUACAGGAGCGACAAGCGGGUCAAACUUCAGAUCUGGGACACAGCGGGGCAGGAGCGCUACCGGACCAUCACCACAGCUUACUACAGAGGAGCCAUGGGGUUCCUGCUGAUGUACGAUAUCACGAGCCAGGAGUCCUUCUGCGCCGUACAGGACUGGGCAACCCAGAUCAAGACGUACUCGUGGGGCAACGCUCAAGUAGUGCUGGUAGGCAAUAAGCUGGAUUUGGAAGAAGACAGGCAGGUCCCCGCCGAAGACGCCCAAAGACUGGCUACAGAGCUCGGCUUCCAGUUCUUCGAGGCCAGCGCCAAAGACAACGUCAACGUGAAGCAGGUGUUUGACAAGCUGGUGGACGUCAUCUGCGAGAGGAUGAACGAGAGCGUCAACGGCGACGCCAGUCCGCCAGCCAAUCACAUGGAGGCCGGCCUGAAGGAGACGCCCCGCAGCGGCCCGGGCGGCUGCGCGUGCUGAUGGCUGGCAGUGGGAAUUCACACAAAGCUGGUUUCACAGUCGCGCGCACACAGAUUACCGGAUUGUCCAAAAAUGAUCAUUGUAGAUGUACUUAUUCAUGUUACUGCAAUACUUUAAUGGAUGCUUAGCUCCUUUUUUUUGUUGUCAUUUGAUCACUAUUUGGUGACGACUCCCGCCUCGUUGUCAUUCUAAUGUGACUGUUACACUGAGAUGCCAAAGAGCUGCACUGAGCGGCUGUGCCUUUUCUUUUUCAACCCGUCACCUCUGCUUCAGUACUUGUUGUUUAGUGGGUGAAAGGCACCUGUUGCAGGUGAGGAUGUAACUGAAUGGCAGGAGCAUUGUUCGGGGGAUGUCUGGGAUUUUGGACUGUGUCAUGCCGCCCCCUUGUGGCUGCUGCAUGGAAAUGCAUCACUGUGACUCAUUACCGCACACACACUGUGUCCUGUGAACUUGUCCUGCUGAGGAAGAAGGAAGUUCAAACAUACCUAAAGGGUGCUGUUUCAUUACAGUCUUAUUACUGUUUUGGAGGGAUAUUCUCAUUUGGUUUUAAUUUCUAUUUUUCUUUUUUCUACCUUUUUAAUGGUUGAUGCUCAUUCCAUAUUUCCUUUGCCAGGUUUAUUGUGUCUCUAUACGUGUGGAUUAAAAGAUGUGGGUCCGU